AUGCGCCUCUAUCUCCUCCCACUCACUACGAGCCGGACUCUUCUCUACUCACAGCGACUGAAUAUCGCGACGAACAACCAGCAAGGUUUGGCGGACAAGGUUGGCAAGAAAGCUGCAAAGCUGUGGGCCGGCUGGGAGGCCAGAGAAAGUGGAUGGCAGAAGAAGGUCGUCAAUUACGGCAACUAUGCUCUCCGUCGGAUCCCCUACGAAGAAUGGGGUCUGAAGUCGGUGCCACCCAUUUCAGCGCGGCGCAAGGACGACGAGCUCAAGGGCAAAGAGAGGAUUGAGCUGGUCUUCCCGGACUCGGUCAUCCCCGCGGGAAAGGCAGAGCAGGUCGUCAAGACGUUGGCGACUGAGCGCGACGCGCUGCACAAGAGGAAACUCAUUUGGUGUUUGAUUGGCAUGCCCAUCUCGGCGCCCUUCGCUCUCGUGCCAGUGAUCCCUAACCUGCCUUUCUUCUACCUGGUAUACAGAGCUUGGUCGCAUUGGCGCGCUCUCGAGGGAGGCAAGCACCUCCGAUUCCUCAUAGACAACAAACUCCUGGCCCUGUCCCCGUCGAAGCUGCUAAACGACAUCUACACACCGUUGAUUCCAGAAAGCACAACUCAAACGCCGUCAAAGCCAGCCCUCGGCCUCAACGAGCCUCUGCAGGCCAAGGAGGAAAACGCCAAGGACGACGCCAUCCUGCUGUCGCAGGUCAAUGGUCAGCAUAUCGCCAAAGCGCUCGAAGUGCCCGAGUUGGGCGUCGAAAUCGAACGGGCUAUAUGGCAGGUCAACCAUGCCAAGCAGGCCAAGCAAGAGGAGGCUACGGACAAUGCCGCGGACGAAGCCGCCAAACAAGCUGCGAGGCAAGUCAACGCCGAAACCCCGAAAGACAAAGAAAAAUCCGCUCCCUCGCACGACGACGAGAAAAAGUAA